UUAAAAAUAAUAUUUAUUGCAGGUAUAGUUUUAGUAAUGUUAUCUUCUGUUGAAACUCAUAUAGAAAUGGAAUCUGAAGAUUAUUUCUUUCCUUUAGAACCGGCGAUAAACUUCUGCAAGCUAGCGGAGCAGUGCCAGCACGACUUCGUGCCGGUGUGCGGGCAGGACUCGCUCGGCAUCACACGCAUGUUCAUCGACAACUGCGACCUCUACGAGUACAACUGCGACGAGAAGAAACAGUACCGGCACGUGUUGCUGCGUGUGUGCCAGUACGAGGCGGUGGGGUCCCCGGACAAGAAGCCCUAGUAGUUGUACUGAAACACCAACAAAACUAUCCAUGUAGACAUAAGUUAAAAACAGCAAGAACUUGAUAAUUAUUCGGGAGGUGCUUAACACGAUGUUUGUUGAAACAUAGCUAAAAUGAUUGAUUAUGCAUAAUCAUAAAUCCACACUUGGGAUAUAGGUAGGAACUAUACUUAUCAAUAAAAUUCGAAGGGAAAUUAUUCAGGAUCAUUGCAACAUUGUUAAUAAGUAUAGUGAAUACAAGCCAAAAAUCCAUAUUAAAAUGAAAACGCACCGUGCAAUUGGUAGCGCACACAUUUUUCUAAGCCAUAAUAAGUACUUAUGUCUCCUAUAUUUUUAGCACUUUUCGAAGCAAGAUGAAAAAAAAAUCACCUAGCUAAUCGUAAAUGUAUUUCCCAACAAUUGGCAGACUUGUUAACAAGGAUACUUGUAACUUUUCAGUAGGUAAG